AUGGCCAAGUCGCUGAUGGUGGCCCGCGGCGAUCUGGGCGUGGAGCUGGAGCUCCAGAGGGCGCCUUUUGCGCAGAAACUUCUCAUCUGCAAGGGCGCUGGACUUUAUGUCAUCAAUGCCACGCAGAUGGUUGGGAGCUUGUGCUUCGAGCCUGUCGCCGAAAGUGACGGUGAGGCCGAGGUUCUGGUGGCCGACAGCGCCGAGAUCUUGAACGACUUGGACAAGGACACCCUUGAGCACAUCUACAACAACAAGGUCCGCAUCUCUCUGAGCAACCUGGACACCAGCUUCGUGGGUGCGCCCGAGGGCUUCCGGGGGCAGACGGCCAAUUUCACGCAGGCGCUGCUGGAAAAGUCGGCCGAAACAGGCGAGCUGGAAGCGGCCCUCAAGCGGACCAUGGAGACGAAGGAUGCAACAGACCUGGACAAGCUGAAGGGGCAUCUGCGAGAUGUGUUGCUAGAUGCAAACGAGUCAGGCCCAGUGUCGGCCGUACUUGAGCAGAUCUCCAGGCUAGAGGAGCCCCAGGCUGCCAGCCCAGGAAAGGGGUCCAGCGAGCUUGAGAGGCUGAAGGUGCACUUGAUGUCCACGGAGAAGGUCGAGGAGGAAGCAGCGCAGAAGGUGUUGGAGGAAAUCUCUGAGAUGGAGCAACUGAAGCAGGGAUCCCAGAUCAACCUGGUCGAGUGCCACGGUACGGGCACGGCUCUGGAUGGUCCCAGCGAGACCGGCGCGCUGAAGGCGGUGUUGGCCCACGGACGUUCGAUGCCGGUGCAGCCCGCAACUGUGAAGACCAACAUCGGAAGCCCGACGGAAAGCAUCUGUCCCUGA